AUCGUUUACAUUUUUGUCUUAAACUUGUGUAAAGAUUUAAGAAACAUUUAAAGAAUAGAAUAAUUUUAUGGAAGUUAAUGUACUCCAGUCGUAUAUUUAGACAUAUGGAAAAUUUGUUAAUAACGAACAUUAUCACUAUUGAAAUACUUCAGCAUUGCAAAUUAUAGCUGAAGAUCUUAUAUUAUAACUUGGAUAUAAAUCAUUUUAAAACUGAAUUACAAAUGAACAAAAUAAAAACAAGUGUGAAAGCAUUUGAUUCAAAAAGUCUUGCCAGUGUUAGGCAACUGGAAAAAUUGAAUUCAAAAAAUAAGAAAAUGGAGAUGCGUGACUGUGGUAGUCUUACCUCUAUUAAGAAAAGUACGCGGUGCCGUUCUUUUCAUUUCAGAUACUUGGAGCUUUGUCGUUCCAAAAAUGUAACACCUUUAAGUGAUAUUCGUUCGAAAAAUAACGCAACGUCACUUCUGGAUUUUAGUGCAGAUAAAAUUGGCGUUACUGAUUGGGGCCUCAUCGUUGAAUCAUUGUAUUACGAUCAAGUAUUACAAACACUUGCAAUAAGACUACGGCGUUGUCAACCAAUAGUAUUGGAACACCUUGACACUGAAAAGAAGGCUAAAUUCUUUAGACAGAAGCCAUGUGUGUGCACUAAGUAUGUCUUUACAGGUGUUAUCGAAGCGGUUUCAAAAGUUAUAGAGCUUAACAAAAACCUGAGGAUAUUAUGCCUUGAGGGACUGCCAAUAAAUGAUAUGUAUGUGGAAACAAUAGCAAAGGCAUUAUCUGCAAAUGACAAUUUGAAGGAAAUAAGUUUUCAACGGUCAAAUCUAGGUGAUAAAGGAUGCGAGGCAAUAUGUAACGCUCUGAAAUAUAUGGAUAACGUUGAAAAACUAAACCUAUCACAUUGUGGAAUCGGUGUGAAAGGAGCAGAGUGUGUAUCAGAAAUGAUAAAGGUGCAAAAAAUAAGUCGUUACACGGAAGGUUGGCAACAGUCCCUGCGUUAUCGGCCUGUUGAUCCCGAAACAAUAUCUGGUUUACGUUUCGUUAAUAUUUCACACAAUCCAGAAAUUGGGGACGAUGGCCUACAAUUCAUUAUCGAAGUGUUGAAAGAGGAUGUUUGGAUCAAAUAUAUUGAAAUGGAAGAUUGCGGAAUUACUGACCGUGGUGCGAAUAGUAUAUUGGACUGCUUAGAACUAAAUAACUAUUUAUUGGAUUUCAAUGUGCGAGGAAAUCCCAAUAUAAGCAAAUUCUUGCAUCGUAGUAUUCAGGAGCAGUUGGGUAAAUACGAUGAGGACCAAAAGCUUACAGAGCAAUCGAAAAAUGCGGUGCAGAAUAAGAAGAACAAAUUAACACCACAGCAAAUGCAACAAAUGCUGAAAUCAUUGGAUGAGCAAUUAAAACAUGAACAGUUGUUGCGUAAAAAAGCCGAAAUGCUCAAUGAAAAAUUAACCCAACGUAUCCAUGCUUAUGAACAGGAAUUGGCUUCGUUGGUGGAGGACAACAAAAAGGCUGGUUAUGUCUUGGUUAAAAAUGAUUCUUUGCAGUCUAUUAUAAACGAACGCAAUAAUUUGAAAGGUCCUAAUAAUAAUGAGAAAAAACAUGAGAAAUCAGUUAUACAUAUUGAUACUCCAGCUUCAUGUAAAACUCAACUAUUCUAUGAGGAUACUUCAGAGACUGAGAAAUUUAAUUAUGAUAAGCCACCAGACACACCACAUCUGAUUUCUGCCAUAUUGCACAGAGAGGGACGUAAGCUGAAUGUUCGUAAAAUAAAGAGUGAGGUGAAAUAUGUUGAUGUCCCGAUGAAAGACUCUUACUCCAAGAAAAAAGAAUCCAAAUCAGAUCAUGAAUUUGGGAACGAUAAAGAUUUGCAGUUUCAUACAAUACACUUUGAAACAAACAUUGGAGACUCUGCAGCGAACAACCCACCAACGUCACUUAUGCCUAACACAUCUAUGUUCGAUAAAAAGCACGUUUAUGAGAACAAAAACAAUGUUAAUUACAAUCGUAGCAUUAACAUUCAUAAUCCGAAUCACAUAAAUCAUAAAUUCGAAUUAGAUGAUCUGUCCAUAUCUUCGGCCCGUACGCACACAAGUGACACGGGCUCAUCUAGCGAUUCAGAUACGCUGAGAAAUAGCAAUGACGCGUAUAAUAAACAACCAAUGCAGGUUUUCGUUAGAAAUAAUGCCGUCGGUCCACAUGGUUUACUAGUUAAUACGCCAGCAGUAAAGAAAUCACCCAGGUCGCUUUUUCUUGGCCUUUGCGAUUGAUAGCAAACUAAAGAAAUAAAAAAAACCCAAUGGAUAUGAAGAGCAAAUCGCAUAAAAAAACGUACAUCAAAAUUAAGGGUUUAUUACCAUAAUCUGAAAUAUAUUUGUUAAUGAAAUUCUAAUGAAAU